AUGUGUAAUUCCGUACCAGUUUUACCGGUAUAUUGCGACAGCAGUUAGCUGAUUUACUCGGUACGGUACGUCAAAGAACAGGAAUAACCAUCUUUGACAGUUUGACAUUAGAAACAAAAGAAAAACGUUAGAAGGGUGAAAAUGGGAACAGAAUGUAUUACAGAACCAAGCGGGGCCAAGGAAACUAAAGGCCCAAAGUCUGUAAGGUUGUUGGACUCUGUAAAGAAGUAUCUAUUUGUGAUGGGCUCAUGUCUUCUACUGUUUGCAGCUGCUAGGAAUUCAUUUCAUUGGCAGGUCCACAGAAUAUGGGGAGCAACUGGAAGUUUGUGGCAGAGUUAUUGGGACUUUAUCUAUGACAAGCUAGGCCGUGACAAUGACUUCAUGUUUUGUUUUGCAGCAAUGUGGAUAGUAUCUGGAUGUGUGUUUUGGUUGGCUAAUGCAUUCUUUAUGGUGCUGGAUAUAACAGGUAUACCACAGUGUAUAAAGAAAUACAAAAUACAGGAAGAUGUCCAG